CUGAUGACUUGGUCCAAUCGCACUCGCUCCCGGUCGCUGUUCGUCACAUUGCGUCACGACCGUGGGCAGGGGGAGCUGUGGUUAUGUGACCGACCUGGUCGUUCAGAGUAGCCGAGCUCAGGACGCUCUCCGUGGGGGAAGCGCAACUUCUGUUUUCCUCCCACGGGAUCGGGGACGACGUCUGCUAGCGAGCUGAAACUAGCAUCGCCACUAAGUUGGCUCCACAGCAAGCCCCCGUCUCUGACACAACGCGAGCCAGUUAACGAACUUAACGAUGACAUCGCUAUUUCUGUAGCUAGCUUAAGCUUUAGCUAGCAUGCACAGUUGUUGACAUUGUGCAGCUGUCUGCUGCGGAGGACUUUCUGUGAUGGAGUUUCCAGAUUUAGGUGAACACUGCUCCGAGAAGACCUGCAAGCGUUUAGAUUUUCUUCCUAUGAAAUGUGAUGCCUGUCAAGAGAUUUUCUGCAAGGACCACAUAACCUAUGCAACUCACAAAUGCACAUCGUCCUAUAAAAAGGAUGUCCAGGUCCCAGUUUGUCCUUUGUGCAACAUCCCCAUUCCCAUCAAGAGAGGGGAGAUGCCUGACAUUAAAGUUGGCGAACACAUUGAUCGCGACUGCAAAUCGGACCCUGCUCAAAGAAAGAGAAAAAUUUUCACAAACAAAUGUUCUAAAGGAGGCUGUAAGCAGAAGGAAAUGAUGCGCGUGACCUGUGACCAGUGCCGUUUAAAUUACUGUCUUAAACACCGGCACCCGUUAGACCAUGAUUGUACGACCGAUGGGAAACCUCUGUCCAAAACCGGACAUGCUGCUAUGCUGAGGGCCCAAAGUUCUUCCUCCACCUCGGCCCCCAGCUCUAGUUCGUCCUCUUCAGGGAACUCCAGGCCUGUUUCCAACGGUGUGAGAGCAAACAACAGAGGCCACAGCAGUGGGACUGCCCCGCGUAUCCCUACCUCUGUGUCAGCUCAGAGUGUAAUACCAGCUGCAGCUUCACUUCAGGCCGGCUUGACGGAGGAGCAAGCUUUACAAAGGGCUCUGGAGAUGUCUCUGGCUGAGUCGAGGCCGGCGGUUCAGCCGACCCUCAGCCCCCAGGAGCAGGAGGACCUCGCUCUGGCUCAGGCUCUCGCUGCCAGCGAGGAAGAGUUCCGACGGCAGCAGCAGAGACAACAGGGCAGAGAGUCGAAACAGUCCAACUGCAGCCUUUCUUAGUCAUGGGCCUUUUAAACCACCAUUUCAACUUCCAGCCGUGCUAAUAACCUUCUAGAAACUGCACAUCUGGGAUAUGAAUAUUCAGGAUCAAUGAUUGUUACAUGAAGAAAUACUUUUGGAAGCUGCUCAGAUGUUUACCGCCGCCUUCUUCUUCUUCUUCUACAACACAAGCACAUAUACCUUCCCAGCAGGAUCGGUUCUUUUUACCAAUGAUUUGCUCUGUACGUAUUUUAUACGCUGAUCAUGAUGAAAUCCCAUUAUAUUACCAUAUAUAAAUAUUGAAUAAAUUAUUUCAAAUGA